ACAAAUAUAUCUAACAUCUUGUGGAUAUUUAAAAUAUUUUAAUAUUUUAUAUAAUAUCGAUUCAGUUCCGGUUUUAGUUUCGUUUCUUAAACUUUAAACGUUAUUCCCUUUUGUAAAGCGUGGCAUAUUAUUAUCUUCUUAUUUAUUAUGUGAAAUUAGAAUAAGUUUUUCUUAUGUCAUAAUUCCUAGAUAAACAUAGCAUUUGGAUAGUUUAAUGCUAGAACAAUAUCAGUAGGUUAUUUAGCUUCAUUUAAUAAACACAUUAUAUGAUAGAGCUUUAAUUUAAUUUAGAUUUCCAUAAUUUUAGAGCUUUUGAUAUAUGUAUUUUCAUAAGCUUUCAUUUAGGUUGCCGUUAUAAUAUAUGAUCACAAAAUUAAAACGCAUACAAAAGGCUUAGGAUCCGUAACCUGCAAUUUAUCCGGAUCCCGAUCCGGGUCCAUGUUCUCUCUCACGCUCCUCUUUGGGUAAUAGACGAUACAAAGCUUAUUUAGAUCCAAUGGCUCUUAUUUCAUCUAAAUUCAAAUUUUCCCCAAUUUUACAUACACGCGCUCCUUCUCGCUCUCUCUCGCUCUCUCUUUGAUUCAGAAUUUUGGGUUCUCACGUUCUUUGGGUUCUUUAGCGCAGUUCCGCCAUGGAAGGAGAUCAAUAUCAAGAAAUUAGCAACGAUGGUGCUUUGUAGCCGUUUCCUCCAUACUCCGUCCACCGUUCACACUUCCGGCGCCUUCGUCUAUCCAAAAUUUACACUUGUCUUAAAACAUGAGUCGUAACCCGGAGGUUUUUUGGGCUCAGCGUUCUGAUAAGGUUUACCUAACCGUUGCCUUACCUGAUGCGAAGGACCUUUCAGUCAAGUGUGAGAUAUGGUAUGACAUUACUGAUUUGGAUGAAACAGAGGAAGAAAGUGAGAAUUCAGUAGUUUCUCCUGCCAAUGGACAAACGCUUCCAAAUUUGCAGAAGAUUCUCGACUUUAGUAACAAAAUUAAGGAUGAACAUGCUUUGGUAUCGAACCAAGUUAAAGAGACUGUUUUUGCACCGAUAAAACCUAUAGUUACUUCUGUGCUGGAUGGAUAUAAUGUCUGCAUAUUUGCCUAUGGCUGCAUAUUUGCCUAUGGCCAAACUGGCACUAGCAAGACAUUUACCAUGGAGGGAACACCAGAGAAUAGAGGAGUGAACUAUAGAACCUUAGAAGAGCUAUUUCGCUGUUCAGAAGGCUGAAGUUAUCUCAUGAAUUUUGAGCUAUCGGUUAGCAUGUUGGACGUUUAUGUUGGAUAUGUUUCUCAAAUGGGCUUUUAUUCAAUUGGGCUUUAAUUACCCAACUUUGGUAUUGUCGUGUAUUGUGUUUUGACAAAGUCUUUCUUCCUCAAAGAAGAAGUUGAGAUCGACAGUUUUGCUCUGAGGUCGGUUGUAACUGGCAGAGAGAUGACUGAAAUCUCGGAGGGGAAGUUUGAUUUUCUAGUAUAAAGAUAAGA